UUACAGUUACAUUGAUAUACACCACGAUGUUGGGCGUACUAAAUGAUUAUUGCCAAUUGGCAAUAAUUAAAUAUUUAAACUUGAGCGAUCAAUUAGCACUUUCGGAAGCCAGUGAAAACGAUUGCAAAAGCAUAAACAUAAAUCUGAUCUCCACAUGGGAACAACAAUCCCGGAUAAAACUAAGUUCAAAGAAUUGUGCGACGCUUAAAAGAAACCGAUCGUUGUUGAGCAUAUUUCUGUCCAGCAUCAGUGUGAAAGUGGAGGAAAUGGAGCUGGUGCGUGCACCAAUGGAAUUUUUGAAGAACUGCGAAAAUUACUCUUUACCAAGAGUACAAAUAUUAUCCUACACAUUGGAUGACUCUUGUAAUGCUGUUGAAGCACAAAAAAUAUUGACGAACAUCUUUCCUGGCGUGCGCUGCGUGACGCCUGAUAAACAUUUUUGCUACUGCUUGUUGCCAAAAUGGAGGCAGUUCCGGAAGCUAGUCAUUAGAAAAUUCGUCAGAGUUAACGACCCAACCCGUCAUUGUGACCUUCCACAGUCCCGGUUGAUUGAGGAAUUGGUUGCAUCUGACGCUUACAUGAUUGGCCAUUAUUUCGGCAAUGUUAUGUAUUUGCCCAAGCUGCGGACAAUUACCAUUUGCCUGCUCGACACAUAUGAAGAAACAAGUAACCCAACCUACAGACCGCUUUACAUUUUCAAAUUUUUAAACAAAUACGGCGUCACUGAAGACAAGAUUCGCGGCGUGAUGCUGGAGAGAGUCUGGUGCUUCGGUGUGUGCGAUGUGGUUAAAUCAUUAAGAAACCUUGUGCGUCUGGGUCUCGACCGCAGGAGCUGCUCAAAUGAGAAAAGUCUCUGGAAAAUUGUAGCCAAAAGACCAUCGCUGGAGAUCCUGGAUAUAACAGGCAUGAAUCUUGGACGCCACUUUUUUUCAAAGAACCGACGUCGCAUGAACAGAACAAUGCACAAUCGCUAUGCUCAUUUGACAGUCAUUUACGCUAAUAUUGGCAAAAACGAAGGGCUGAUUCGUCGUUACUUCACGCAUCCUCGACUGCAACUUAUACCGGAUCACAAAAACCAAAAAAACGUUCUUGGACCCAUUAUAAAAUUAGAAUUAUCUCCUUUACAUGAAAUUUAA